AUGACGAUAAAAUUGAAGAAAUUCUUCAAAUGGCUGCGGAAAGGGGGCGCUAAAGAGCAAGAAACAGCUGAAAUCGCGAAGAUUGAUAAUUUGUCGAACAGCGAAGAACUGGUCCUCUGUUCGCUUCCAGUGCGCGCCCAGUUCGCGUUUAACCCGACGCUGUCGAGAGCGCCGAGCUUGGCGCAGUGCGGGCCAUUGCGGGACACAGCUGUGCGCAAAAGGGUUAUGCGUCACACGUCCGACGUCUCCCACCGCCACCGCACUGCACGUCACUUUGAUUUUAUUAAAACGCGCCUUGACGAGCUGCACGAGUUAGCAGAGCUCGACCGCCAUCCAAUCGUGUCACCUCGCACGCGUCCUGGACGAACAGGCCUUCUUAAAUUUGCGAAGACAGAACACGUUUCUGGCGGAAGCAAUAGAAGCACCUCAUUGAUGGAUCUAAGGAUGCCACCGGUGCCCAGUUCGCCGCUUAUGCCACUUUGGAAGCGCAGUAAUCCAAGUUUGAGUGGCGAUGCAGAUGAAUCCGGCUUCUCGGAAACGUCUGAGACAGAUUCAAACAUUUCAGACUCUUCCAAAUGCUUGAGUUCAGCAAGUAGCUCAAAGGAAGACUCUUGUUUGAAAGAAAAGGUAAAAAAGGUAGAUAGUUUGGACGACUUGGCGUUCUUCGCCGCGGGUGGAACGCCUUUUACGCGUCGCCGCGACGGCCCCAUCAGGAGAGAUCGCAAAACCGUUCUGUUGAACAGGUCCUUGAGCUGCGCUAAUGCAGUGCACCGAAGCCAGCUGAAUAUAUGUUGGUCGGGAAUCGUCGUUUGA